AUGCCGCCGGUCCCAACAAUGCUAGGCUCCACUAUCAUGGCCAGAGCUGUUGCUCAUGCUCUGCCUCUGUCGCGUUUGCCUCCCACCUUUUCUGCUCUGUGCCGAGGCAUUUCCCUAUCCCAGUCUCUUGCACACAGAGUUUAUUCCACUGCUUCUGCAGAGGCCGCAUCCCUCCCCUCACAAGCACCUCCGACUCGCUCCCGCUUUCGCCGCUUCGUCGGAUUCACCACUCUAGCAGUCGUCGCUUUCACUGCUGGCUUGACCUACCAAACCUCCAAAUCUGUGUCGCGCAUGAUGACGCUCAGUCUAGCUACCGAUGAGGAGACUCUCUCCGCCUUCGUCCCUCACGAUGAGUUCUCCAAGGAGGUCAACGACUAUAUCCGCAACCACCCUCUGGCCGUGUCGCUGCGCAACGAUCCUGCUUUCACCGAGUCCCGCCCACACAUGAAGAUACCGGAGAAGCUGCGCGCGCGCACUCUCACAGGCGGCACACUCGCUGGACCGGACAAGAUCGUGGCUCCCCCGCUAGUAUUCUGUGAAGAGGGCGGAAAGAGCUUGGUCUCGAUUUUCUACCUCGGACCCAACCUUUGCGGUCACCCGGGAAUUGUGCACGGUGGAUUGCUGGCCACAUUGCUGGAUGAGGCCAUGGGACGAUGCUGCUUUCCUGCUCUGCCGAAUAAUGUGGGUGUGACCGCCAACUUGAACUUGGAUUAUCGCAAACCCGCCAUGGCCGGCAACUAUGCCGUUUUGCGGGCGGAGACUGUCAAGGUCGAGGGUCGGAAGGCCUGGGUGGAAGGUCGCAUUGAGACUCUUCCCGAGGACGGAAAGGAACCGGUUGUGCUCGUGGAGGCCAAGGCCUUGUUUAUUGAGCCCAAGCAGGCCGCGGCUAUGUCGACUCUCUACAACAUGACCAAAUAA